AUGGCCAAUCGUAGUAAUCCCAAGAUUAUGGCCACACAACCGAUCUCCAAGCAAACCAUUUUGGCUGGCCGUCCACGUUUCUCUAGUCCGGACGCUGAAGAGCUCGAGGCCUAUCAGGAGUUAUUCGAAUCGCAAGUACCGCCAACAACUUCUCAACUCGCACUAUCGCCGUUUUCUGGACAAUGA